AGAGGCAGAGGCAUAGGUAGAGGUAGAAGCAGAGGCAGAAUUGUGGUGGCGGCGGUGGUAGUAGCAGUCGUAGGGAUCAGGAAGAGAAUCUAGCGUCACCCAUCGUGAGCAUCUCUCAGUGGCUGCCCGGCCAGCACGCCGGCACUACGGCUUCGAUCGUUCUUAGUUCGUGGUGUAUCACGCAUUGCGUCACGCAGGCGCUCGCUCGCGCUUCCUAACUUCGGAAAUAUUCGCUUAAAAUCGGCCGUCCUCGUACGGCCUCGGAAAAAGCGCCGGAAUCGAGCGAAGAGGACGCGUCAACGGCCGAGGUCGUACGAAUCUAGUCGAACGUAACCGAGUUAAUACGAACGGAAACGAAGUGGCACGGCUGUGCACGGGUUGCCUGGUUGCAGGCGCGCAGUGCAGCCGCCGGUCUCCCGCCAGGUCAGUCGCGGCUCGACCGGCGAUGUUCUUCUUCCUCGCUUGAGAGACCACGAGGAGGGAUCGACCUCUCGCGUUUCUCUCUCUCUCUCUCUCUCUCUCUUUUUCUCUCUUUCUCUUUCUCUAUUUAUUUUUCUCUUUUUUAUCUGUAUUUUUUCCUUUGUCCCUCUUAUUCGUUCAUUCGUUUGAUAUACCUUUUUUUCUUUCUUCUUCUCUUUGUCUUUGUCUCUAUUUCUCCCCCUUUUCCUGUUGUUUCUUUUUCUAUCUUCGUCUCGCUUUUACACUGGUGAUUCCGCCGACGAGUUUUAUCGAGCGUCGCAGCCUCUUCCCGAAUCUUCGACGAGUGGAGAAACGAGAAAGGUACGAAAAAAGACAGAAGACAAGAUGCCAGCAGCCGGUGCGGCGGUACCGGACGUGGCCGAAGGUGCUGGACAAUUGGGUGAACUGGACGAACCACCUGAACCUCGUGUACGUGGACCAAGUGGUCGAGCUGGAUUGAUGAAACCACUGGUUGUCCUUGCGCUUCCCGGAAUGUAUCUUUUCUACAAGUACAGUCAGUACAGGCGGGAGCAACGUGAACUCUCUCGUAGAAGAGUCACCGAGAGGGAACUACAACAUCUUCAUCACAAAAUCGAUAAAUUGUUAACGAAGUUGGAAGAAAACGAACCGGAGUUAGCCUCUUCACAGGAGGACGAAUGCGUGAUAUGCGUGAACGCAAGGGCUACGAUGCAAACGGCACCGUGCGGACACCGUGUGGUUUGCAGACGUUGCUUCGUAAAAACGAUACAGAUGGCUGUGUCGCAGCGUCUCUUACCACUGAGAUGUGUCAUAUGCAGAGCGAAGAUUCUUCGAUUAAAGCAAACUCUUAUUCCACGAGAUUAUUCGAUGUCUGGUAAAUCAUGGGUCUUGCCUCAAAGUGCAUCAGAGUACAACAUGGGUAUAGGAGUAAGCGUUGGGGUGUCUGGACCAGGAAGUAGGUGGGGUACAGGAAGUGUACCAGCUUCUGCUUCUCUUUACUCUAUGGCCAGCGGUUCGUCAUCCAUUUCUGGAGUGUCUUCCGUGUCUUCGGCAACAUCGUCUUCUGUUAGCAGUACCGGAAGUACAGGUUCCACCCUUGGCAAACCAACGAGAGUGAGACAACCAACCGGUGCGACCCUGAGACGUUCUCAAACUCAAUCGAUGAAGCUGCGUAUUCAAGAAUACCAGGAUCCAAUUCAGCAGGUGGCUGAAGAGGAAGACAUUAUGAGAGAAAAUCGUAGAUUGCCACCUAUCAAAGAGUUUCAAAGAGAUUAUCGUGCUGGAAAGGCCUCAACUAGAAUACGAUGUGCUCAGAAAAUUGUGACGCAAUUGGAGACAACACCGAGUACAAGAGGAACGUCGAAUGUCGUGACUACCGGUUCAUCGUCGACCUCGUCGUCGUCCUCAUCCUCGUCAUCGUCGUCGUCGUCAUCGUCGUCAUCGAAUGGAUCGUCGAAUGGGCGUUCGACGUCGAAGAGGCCACCAGCACAACCGAAAAUGUCGGUAGUUCAAGAGAUUCAAAAAUUGAAGAAGGAAAAAGAACGAGAGAAAGAGAGAGAAAAGGCGGAAAAAGCACGACAGAAGGAAGAAGAGAAGGCUGAAAAGAAUAGACAAAAGGAGGCCAAGAAAUUGGCUAAAGAAGAAAAAAAAAGAGCGAAGAAGGAAGCAAAAGCGAGACGGAAGGAAGCUGAGGAAGCUCUUUUGAGGGACGACAAGUAGUCUCCUAUCGAUUUUCAACUUGAUCCACGAAGAUCAAGAGAUCGAGAUAACGAUAGACGGACUCGGACUCGUGGCAUUGCCUACGCGAAGAAAGGACUUUUUAAGGAAUUGGAGCAUUGUACCUGAUGAGUCACAGAUCGAUCCUUUUUUUAUAUCUAAAUGUACGAAAAGAGAUAAAUAAAAAGAGAAAUAGAAAUCUGAUAAUUAAUUAGAGAUCCUAGAAUUGUUAAAAAUUAAUAAUUAUUGUUAAAAGCAUUCGAAAAGAAUGAACAACUGGAGUUUCGAGAUAUCAAUAAAAAAAGAAAGAAGGUAAGAGAGAGAGAAAAAGAAGAAAAAUAAAAGGAUACUUCGAGUAUUCUGUGACUCAGCUCGAACAGUUCAAGAAAGGAUAUUAUAUGUGUUGGAAGGAGGAGUGUCCUCAUUAAUGCGCUGGAAAAGUUACUAUGUAAGAAAAAAAAAUUAAAAAUAACAAAAAGAAAAAAAAAUAAAAAGAAAAUGAAUCUAGAAGCGGCCAAAAAACUUAGUAAACCGUCAUAUCGAGUUAAUUGCGGACUAAUUAAUAUCGUUAUAAAAAUUCGAACUUAGCGUCGUACGUAUACAUAUAUAUGUAUGUAUGUAUAUAUUGUGUGUAUAUAUAUAUGUAUACAUAUAUAUGUAUGUAUGUAUAU